UAGUUGUAUUAUUAUAUUUAUUUAACAUUUAUUCUGUUACAAGGAUAGUGGAAAAUAUCUAUAGCUAUAUUACAAACAAAAUUUUUGUCUGUGAUCGAGCAUAUAAACUAAUACCCGAAUUUAAUUGUUUAAUAAUUUAUUAUAUCAUAUCACGGAGUGGAAAUUUUAGGUAAACAAAAGAGAUAUUAUUAUUUCUUUUAUUAUAGAAGUGGAGCCAAUACUGAAGUUAAGAAUCUUAUGGCCACAAUCAUGUUAAAGCGUCAGCGUUGUGAAGAUUUCGACACAUUUGUGCCACAAACUAAAAAGCUUAUUAGUGACAAAAUUGUAGAGCAGCGCGAUCAAAAUAAAAUGAAUAAAAUUCAUCAAAAAACCAUCAACUUAUUAUUCAAAGCUGCACGUGUACAAAAACCAUUAGAACAGGCCCAAUCAGAGACGGCUGCGGAGGUGGAAGUACCACUAUGGCAGCAGGUUGUUUUACGUGGUAAUGGUGAAAUAUCAUCAAAAAAUGUUACAGAUCUUAUAGUUGAUCUCUCUUUGGAGAGUCGCAAAUCAAAAUGCUGUCACCGUGAAGCUUACAUACGUAGCGAUUGUUGUAAUUGUUCACAAGCGCUGUGCGAAUUUUGUGGACACUCAUGUGCAGAAUGUGGUAUAUUUCUAUGCGACAGUUGCGUUUCCCUAUUUGGUUGCGGUAAUGUUGAACGGCCAAUAUGUGAAAAGUGUUCUUUAUUUCAAAAUUUAUAACUUUCUCCUAAUUUUAUAACUAGCUGAAAGCUUUAUUUAUAAUAUAUGAAACUAAAGUUAAAUAUUUUUCGUCAUUUUUUAGUAUAAUCCAAAGUGCUUUCUUUUAUUAUAAACAAAUUUUUGUUAUAGAAAUCAAACGUACUUUUAUAUUAUUUAUUUUACGACAAGUUAAGAAAUAUUAAAUGUUUUCUGUGUAGUAACGUUGUCGUUGAAUUUUAUUAAAGAAGCACAUAAUAAUUUUUAUUUUAUUAUUGCAUAUCCCGAUGAUAUUAAGGCUAUGCUCGGUUUGCUAGUGAUAUAAUUAACAUAGGUGUCAUUCGUAUUAAAAAAAACAAGCUAAGUAAAAAACACAAAAAUUGUAGCUGCGUAACCCAAAUUGUUGUUCUGUAAACUAUGUAUUUGUUAACUAUAAAUUUAUUUAAUAAAACACUUAAUUUAUAUAAAA